AUGCCGCUUAUCCUGCCCCGGUUAUCCCAUGCCGGUUGUCCCAUGCCGGUUAUCCCACCCCGGUUGCCCCAUCCCGGUUAUCCUGCCCCGGUUACCCUACCCCGGUUGUCCCAUUCUGCUUAUCCUGCCUUGUUAUCCCACCCCGAUUGUCCCAUACCGCGUAUCCUGCACCGGUUAUCCCACCCCGGCUGUCCCAUCCCGCCUAUCUUGCCCCGGUUGCCCCAUCCCGGUUAUCCCCCUGCUCCCCGGGCGGGGCGGGGCCGGCGCCUGAGGGAGCCCCUCCCCGGCCGUUCCCGGCGUGCCCCGCGCGGGAUGGCGGCCGCGGCGCUGUGCGGGCGGCUGGCGGGGCUGUGGGGCCGCCUCCGCCGGGCCCCGCUGCCGCCCCGCCGCCGGGCCCACGAGCGGGCGCGGCGGGCGCGGGGCGCGGGCGGGCUGCUGGCGGCGCAGUGGGAGCGCGGGCUGUUCCAGGAGGUGUUCCCGGCGCAGAGCGCGGAGGAGCGGCUGCCGGAGCUGCUGGCGCCGGGCCGGCCGGCCCUGUGCGCCUACUGCGGGUUCGACCCCACGGCGGACUCGCUGCACGUGGGGCACCUGCUGCCCCUCAUGGCGCUGCUGCACCUCCAGCGCGCGGGCCACAACGUCAUCGCCGUGGUGGGCGGGGCCACGGCGCGGCUCGGGGACCCCAGCGGGCGGGAGCGCGCGCGGGAGCCGCUGCCGGCCGGCACGGUGCGCGCGCACGCCAGGGCCCUGCGCGCGGGGCUGGAGCGGCUCUUCCAGAACCACCGGGAGCUGUUCUGGGACCCGAGGGCCGGGCAGCUGGGCCGGGCCGAGCUGCUGGACAACGCCCGCUGGCUCGGCCGGGAGCCGCUGCUGCGGUUCCUGGGCGGGGCCGGCGGGCGGCUCCGCAUGGGCACGCUGCUGAGCCGGCAGAGCUGCCAGGCGCGCCUCCGCAGCCCCGACGGGAUGAGCCUGGCGGAAUUCCUGUACCCCGCGCUCCAGGCGUACGACUUCCUGCACCUGCACCGGCACCACGGCUGCCGCAUCCAGCUGGGGGGCCACGACCAGAUGGGAAACAUCAUGUCCGGCUACGAGCUCGUCACCAAGAUGACAGGAACAGAUGUGUUUGGAAUUACUGUACCUCUUAUUACCAGUACUACUGGAGAUAAACUGGGAAAGACUGCUGGAAACGCAGUUUGGCUAAACAGAGAUAAGACUUCUCCCUUUGAGCUGUAUCAGUUUUUUGUCAGACAACAAGAUAAUGUAGUUGAAAAAUACCUGAAACUGUUUACCUUCCUACCUCUUGAGGAGAUUGCCCACAUCAUGGAAAUGCAUGCUAAAGAACCUGAAAAAUGGGGCCCUCAGAAACGACUGGCUGCAGAAGUAACCAAGCUUGUCCAUGGCAGAGAAGGGCUAGAAUCUGCCAAGAGGUGCACUAAGGCCCUUUAUUACAGCAGUGUGGAGGCACUGGAAGAGAUGUCUGACCUAGAGUUACAGGAACUUUUUAGACAAGCUGCUUCUGCUGAAUUGAUGCUUGAACCUGGAAUGACUGUUCUUGACUUGUGUCGCAAAGCAAAUGCCAUUCCAGAUGGACCUAGUGGGUACCAGAAAAUUACAGAUGGAGGAGUUUCAAUAAAUGGGAAUCGUGUAACUAAUCCUGAGGCUGUUCUUAUUCUCGGACAGCACAUUCUCAAGAAUGGAGUGUCAUUACUUAGGGUUGGAAAGAAAAAUUACUACAUUAUAAAAUGGCUGCAGUUGUGACAACCGAACACUUCCCUAAAACAACAGGUCAUUUUAACUCUGUUGCUUGAAGACGUACUUGAAGAUGUUUCUGUCCUGUGCGUUACUUUAGCAGUUCACAAACUGCCCAAUACCAUCGUUUUCCAAAAUGCACCAACAGAGUUCAAAUAAAGCAGCUGAGGUAUACCAGGGAAGAGGGUUUAGAUACUCUGCCUUAUUCAAAGUACCAGUCCUAAGAGGAGCUGCACAAGAAGACAAGGAAAAGAUUCAUUUCAAAUGCAGAUGUGCUGCCCCUCCUUUAACAACCACGUGUUGGAGGAGAACAGUGGCCGGUUGCUCCACAGAAGAACCCACAGCAAGAUGAGCAAAAUCAUCCUCAAACCCAGGACUUCUUAGAGCCAAUGUGUGCUCACCUAACAGAAACCUGUGCCAGUGGGCAAGGACAACCAACCUGCAGUCAACAUGUUUGUUCAGAACAAGUUUGCUUUGAAGGAAGCUGCAGGAAAUUCACAAUAAAGGAAAAGAAUGAUUAAGCACUAAUGAGCUUCUUGUUUAUGUAUGGGGGCACACUGCACCAAAGCUUUCCAGCCUUCAUGUGGAAAUACACAGCAAAACCACUUUUUGAAAUACGGAAGUAUAGAGCUUCUCAAAGCUUAAAUCAACCUCAUGAAUCCCUUUUAAGCCUUCUGUGUGUAUAGUAUGACUUACCAGGUGAGUGACACUCGUUCCACUUCUUGGUCCUCUGAAUUCACUGGAUUCUUGAAUUCCCUGCUAUCUGCCAUCUUUAUCAAAGGUAAAUCCUGGCACUAGUUCUGUGGGCUCUACAGUCAGUUGCAAUAUAAUAUAUUAUAGCACAAGAUCUUAAUCUGAGCUUCCUGGUUGUGGUAACUCAGCACCAUCUCUUCUGUUGUCAGAAUAAGUCAGGGUAGUUCAGCUGGUUUAAAACCACCUAGCCUGUGAGAGGAAUGGGGAAAUUAUAAAUUUUAAUGAGACAUCUCUGUCCUAAUCUCUGGUCCAUAAAGAAAAAUAAAAAGUACUUCAGUCAUUUCUACCUUUAAAAAAGCACUCUAUACAUUGUCUUUGCUCCCAGACCACUUUCUGUUGCUUGUUAACUUUGCCUUAAGAGAAAAUAUGUGAGGAGAGAGGGGAAGGCUAAGUGCAUCCACCUAAUAUACCUGCCUUGUUUCUUAAACAACAGAAGCAUUAGUGCAAAUCAGAAUCAUGCACCUGGGAACAAACUACACCAGUACCCAGCCAUGUUUGCCUCCAGAGAAAAACAACAGAGCAGAUUUGACAAUUUCUUUCUAAUUGCAGGAAAUAAAAUCCCAUGUCUGAUCUCUUUCCUGCCUUUUUUCCCUAAUUACCAAAUGGUGCAGGUGCAUACAUAUACCCACUUUUAAUAAGUUAGUAAAAGGAUUUUAUUUGUUUUUACACAUACAAAAUAAAAAAAGAGAAGUCACUUCUUUGCAGACAAGGUUUUUGGUAACAUCCAUAAAUUCUUAAGAAAUUUAGUCUGUGCUUCCUUUGGACCAAUUCCUAGCAAACCAAGCCCUUCCCUGACUCUUUUCAAAGAAACAGCUGGAUACAAUCCCUACUUGCCAUGACUGUACAAGGUUAUCACAACUGAGCAUUUAAACACUUGGGUCAAGGACCAAGGAUGACCAGAAGAAUCAAGUAUCCUUCCUUAGCCUCGUCUUAUUUAUCCUAUACCCCCAAAGAGGUACCCUCAGGUAAUGAGAAACACAACUUGUUCAAAUGUGAAUUAGGCAGUACCUAAUGUUAAAGCAUUUAACAUGACUACCAAGGUGUGAUUUGAAAGUGCAAGAGGUAAACUCAAAGGAAGCUAUCACAGCAUGAAAGCAGCACCUUCAGUGCCACUAAGCACAAAACCAUAUUCAAUGGUUUUACACUUUGAAGAAUCAAUCAUCUGUCUCUCACCUCAAAGCACAGAUUGGCUUGCAAUAAAGAGCACCCACAGUGGAGAUCUUCAGCAACCACUGAAAACACCAGCUACCCAUCACCCUCACAGCUGAAGGAGAAAACUGCAGGAAAAAAAUUACUCAAGAGAAUUCCAUUCAAGUUACCAACAGGGCAGGGGCAUCAACAGACUGGCAGGCUGUUUGCCCUGCUGUAGUCCAUAAAGCAUCGAGUGAAGGCAGGUUUUACACAAGGUGUGCUCUGUUUACUUCAGAAUGAGGUUUGAAGCACAAAGACCCCCCCUUCUUGCCCAUCUAUUCCACUGAGUGAAAUUUGAACCUGACUACUAAACACUGACUAACUGUUCACAUUGGUAGACUGUUUUAGUUACAGGAUUACCACACAUAACUUAGGUACUUUUGAGAGAUUUACUAAUCUGACCUUGGCUACAGUGGUUUUCCCCCAUGAUUCUCUCCCCACUGGAGAGCAAGUUAUUUUAAGUUAGCUAAAAUUUGUGCAUGAAUGACAAAAUUAUUUCAACCUUAAAUUAAAUAAGGUGGCUAGAAGGCAGUUGCAGACCAUCAUUCUAGUCUGAGAGUUUCUCGUUGCUGACCUCAUUAGUCUUUUUUUUCCUAGUUUACUAUUAUUUCUUUUAAUGCUGGCAGUAACAGUGGCAUUUAAAGUAUUUUAGUUCAGUUCCAGAAAACAGCUUAUUUCAAACCUAUCAGCAGCCAGCAGCAGCCUGUCUACACUAUUAGUUAUGCAACUAUACAAGAAGUAAGAAUGUUGACUUGAACAAGAGCAAGUGCAAAUUUAAGU